GAGACAUGUCACAGGAGCUCCUGCCUGCCUUCUAGGGAAGCACAGCAACAAUAGCAAGAAGAAUAGGAGGGGAAAACCCAGGCCCCCACAGCUGAGCUGCUGUAAUUUCUGAGAGCUCUGCUCUGUUUACUCCCCUACUCUCUCCCCUAUGUGCCACUGCACUUCUCCCAAGAGACAGAUAGGUUGGCCAGACUCGAGUACACAAAUGCUGAUGGAAACUGACUGAUCUAUCUUCAUCUUCUUUCAAGGUUCUGCUUUGUUGUCCAAAAAGCCUCUAGGAGAGGUCCGGGAGGAAAAGGACCACGUUGAGGACUUUUCCGCGCUGUGGAUUGUGGCCGUCGGGCCGUGGGACUACUUGGGGCUGCGGGAAGAGGCCCUGUUCCUUGCACUUUCUGCGCGCGCGUUCGUGUGUCUCUCUUUGUACGUUGUGCCAGGGUGGCUUAGUUUAGUGUGAUUAUAGAAGAAAACUAACAAUGGCUAGUGAAGACAACCAGGCCCUGUCCCCGCAACCAACAAAUGAUGAAGGAGGAGGUGGAGGGAAAGAAGGAGCCAUCAUUGACGGUGGUGCUUUGUCACUGAAACCAGGAAUACCCAUCAGGGGCAUCAGAAUGAAAUUUGCAGUGCUCACCGGCUUGGUGGAAGUUGGAGAAGUAACCAAUAGGGAUAUUGUAGAAACCGUAUUUAAUUUGCUGGUUGGUGGACAGUUUGAUUUGGAAAUGAACUUUAUCAUCCAGGAAGGUGAAAGUAUUAUCUGCAUGGUGGAUCUUUUGGAUAAAUGUGACAUCACUUGCCAAGCAGAAGUGUGGAGCAUGUUUACUGCCAUUCUGAAAAAGAGCAUAAGAAAUCUUCAGGCAUGUACUGAAGUAGGUCUUGUUGAACAAGUACUCAGAAGAAUCGACAAAGUUGACAACAUGAUUGCAGAUCUUUUAGUUGAUAUGUUGGGAGUUCUGGCUACCUAUAAUUUGACUGUACGGGAGCUGAAGCUCUUCUUCAGUAAACUUCAAGGAGAAAAAGGCCAAUGGCCUCCUCAUGCUGGGAAGUUGCUGUCUGUGUUAAAACACAUUCCUCAGAAAUAUGGUCCUGAUGCCUUUUUCAACUUUCCAGGGAAAAGUGCUGCGGCUAUUGCGUUACCUCCUAUAGCCAAAUGGCCAUACCAGAAUGGAUUUACCUUUCAUACUUGGCUAAGAAUGGAUCCUGUAAACAACAUCAAUGUGGAUAAGGAUAAACCUUAUUUAUAUUGUUUCAGAACAAACAAAGGACUUGGCUAUUCUGCUCACUUUGUUGGAGGUUGUUUGAUUAUAACUGCAAUAAAAUCCAAAGGAAAAGGGUUCCAGCACUGUGUGAAGUUUGAUUUCAAGCCACAAAAGUGGUACAUGGUAACAAUAGUGCACAUUUAUAAUCGAUGGAAGAACAGUGAACUUCGAUGUUAUGUAAAUGGAGAACUGGCUUCAUAUGGAGAGAUAACAUGGUUCGUCAAUACUAGCGAUACUUUCGACAAGUGCUUUUUAGGAUCUUCAGAAACGGCAGAUGCCAAUAGAGUGUUUUGUGGGCAAAUGACAGCUGUUUACCUUUUCAGUGAAGCUCUCAAUGCUGCUCAGAUUUUUGCUGUCUAUCAACUAGGGUUGGGAUACAAGGGAACAUUUAAAUUCAAAGCAGAAAGUGACCUCUUCCUUGCUGAACAUCACAAACUUUUGCUUUAUGAUGGUAAACUCUCCAGUGCUAUUGCAUUCACAUACAAUCCGCGGGCCACUGAUGCCCAGCUUUGUCUUGAAUCAUCACCCAAGGAUAACCCUUCUAUAUUUGUUCAUUCACCUCAUGCUCUUAUGCUCCAGGAUGUGAAAGCAGUUUUGACUCAUUCUAUCCAAAGCGCUAUGCACUCAAUUGGAGGGGUGCAGGUGCUUUUCCCUCUCUUUGCACAGCUGGACUAUAAACAGUAUUCAUCUGACCAGACUGAUACAUCUGUUUGCUCUACCCUGUUGGCUUUUAUCAUGGAGUUGUUGAAAAACUCCAUUGCUAUGCAAGAACAGAUGCUUUCCUCUAAGGGCUUCCUGGUCAUAGGAUACAGCCUUGAAAAGUCUUCCAAAUGCCAUGUCAGUAGAGCUGUGCUUGAACUUUGUCUGGCAUUUUCAAAAUACCUGAGUAGUCUGCAUAAUGGAGUGCCACUUCUGAAACAAUUGUGUGAUCAUAUCCUUCUCAAUCCUGCAAUAUGGAUUCAUACCCCAGCCAAGGUUCAGUUAACACUGUAUACUUAUCUAUCCACGGAGUUCAUUGGUACAGUUAACAUAUAUAAUGCAAUUCGGAGAGUUGGAACAGUGCUUCUCAUCAUGCAUACACUGAAAUACUAUUACUGGACAGUCAAUCCUCAGGAUCGUAGUGGCAUUUCUCCAAAAGGCCUAGAUGGACCUCGACCUAAUCAAAAGGAAAUUCUUUCUCUCCGGGCCCUAUUAUUGAUGUUCAUUAAGCAAUUAGUGAUGAAGGAUUCUGGGGUGAAAGAAGAUGAACUACAAGCCAUUCUCAAUUAUCUACUUACUAUGCAUGAGGAUGACAAUCUAAUGGAUGUCCUACAGUUGUUGGUUGCAUUAAUGUCAGAACAUCCUAGCUCUAUGAUUCCUGCCUUUGACCAGAGGAAUGGUUUACGAGUGAUCUACAAACUUUUGGCAUCCACAAGUGAAGGGAUCAGAGUACAGGCUCUCAAAGCAUUGGGUUACUUUUUGAAACAUCUGCCUUCAAAAAGGAAAGCUGAAGUUAUGCUUGGACAUGGUUUGUUCUCAUUGCUGGCUGAAAGACUGAUGCUUCAAACAAGUUUUAUCACCAUGACCACAUACAAUGUUCUCUUCGAGAUUUUGAUAGAACAGAUUUGCACUCAGGUAAUACAUAAACAACAUCCAGAUCCAGAUUCUUCAGUGAAGAUACAAAAUCCUCAGGUUCUAAAAGUAAUUGCUACUCUGCUGCGAAAUUCUCCCCAGUGUCCAGAGAGUAUGGAGGUUCGAAGAGCCUUUCUUUCUGACAUGAUUAAACUUUUUAAUAACAGCAGAGAAAACCGAAGGAGCUUGCUGCAGUGCUCUGUGUGGCAGGAAUGGAUGCUUUCACUUUGCUAUUUUAAUCCCAAGAAUUCAGAAGAGCAGAAGAUAACAGAGAUGGUAUAUGCUAUUUUUCGAAUUCUACUUUACCAUGCAGUCAAAUAUGAGUGGGGUGGCUGGCGUGUAUGGGUGGAUACCCUGUCAAUUACACAUUCAAAGGUUACUUUUGAAAUGCACAAAGAAAGCCUAGCUAACAUAUUCAGAGAAUACCAAGGGAAAGUUGGUGAAGAAAUAGGACCAGGUCCCUCAAGUCCAGUCCAAUCAAUCUCUGGUGUUAGCAAGGAUGUUGAAUUUUCAGAAAGUGAUCCACAAUUAGAAGUAAAGGAAGAUUCUUCUUCUAUUCAUAUUACCAGUAAUGAUGAUGGAGAGUCAGUUAGAGACAUUGUAGAAUCUAAUAUGGAUCGGCAAAAUCACAUACUAUCUAAUAAAGAAAGAAAAGCUGCAGGAGAAAAAGGACUCAAUGAAGUAGUUUUGGAAGGAAUACUGACAAAGGAAACAGAAUGUAAAGACAAUUUACAAAUAACUCCUGGGGGAGAAGAAGCCACGAGUGUCUCUUCUGAUUCUGCUGAAGUGAGUGGGAAAGAUACUAUAAUUGGUGUCCUAAGUAUUCCUUCAGGAGAAGAUACUUCAGAUGUUCCAGAAAUUUUGGACAAGUCAAUAGUGGAAGAUGAUGAAGAGGAUUAUGUUGAACUUAAAGUAGAAAGUAGUCCCCCUGUUGAACACCAAGAGGAAAACAAACCAUCUCUUAAACUCUCAGAAGAAAGUAUGUUACCUCUUGAACUUCAGCAAAAUGAGUUCUCAUCUGUUGUAUCUGAUGCCAGUGAAAAAGCUGAUUCUGAAAUAUUGGUUGAGGCAUUGCCUGUUUCAGAUGCCUCGAUAGAAGAUACUUCUUCCAAAAUCAUAGCUCAAUCAGAAAUCAACCAGAUGUUAGAGGAAGGAAAGAAAAUGACUGACCAUGCUGAUGAAACUAGAGCAGUUAAUAACGGACAUACCAACAAUUUAGAAACUAAUAUUGCUUCUGAGAAGAAGAUUGCCAAGUUGGAUGUUUCUAAUGUAGCUACAGAUACUGAGAGACUGGAAUUAAAGGCUAGUACAAGCACAGAAACUUCUCAACCUCAUCGACCCAAUCCUGAGAUAUCAAGACAACAGGAACAAAUAGGACAAGAGACACCCCAAGCUAUAACCCCAAGCAAUGAACAAAGAAGAGAUUCCAGAUCAACUAUGUUUCGUAUUCCGGAAUUCAAGUGGUCCCAAAUGCACCAGCGUUUACUCACAGACUUGUUGUUUUCCAUAGAAACAGAUAUACAGAUGUGGAGAAGCCAUUCAACAAAGACAGUUAUGGACUUCGUGAAUAGUAGCGAUAAUGUCAUCUUUGUACAUAACACAAUUCAUCUCAUCUCUCAAGUAAUGGACAAUAUGGUCAUGUCUUGUGGAGGUAUAUUGCCAUUGCUUUCAGCUGCUACAUCUGCAACUCAUGAGUUGGAGAAUAUUGAACCAACUCAAGGCCUUACAAUAGAGACCUCUGUGACAUUUUUGCAGAGGUUAAUUAGCCUUGUUGAUGUGUUAAUUUUUGCAAGUUCUCUUGGCUUUACGGAAAUUGAAGCUGAGAAAAAUAUGUCAUCUGGAGGAAUUUUGAGACAGUGCCUCAGGUUGGUUUGUGCGGUGGCAGUAAGAAAUUGUUUAGAAUGUCAGCAGCAUUCACAACUAAUACCUAGUAGAGACCCAGCAAAAGGACAUAGAAUGAUGCAUAGUUUGACAACCACUGGAAAGUCUGCAGCAAAGAGUCCAGUGGAUAUUGUAACUGGUGGCAUAUCUCCAGUGAGAGACCUUGAUAGACUUCUGCAAGACAUGGAUAUUAACCGGCUUAGGGCAGUUGUCUUCAGAGACAUAGAGGAUAGCAAACAAGCUCAAUUCUUGGCUUUGGCUGUGGUAUACUUUGUCUCUGUUCUCAUGGUGUCCAAGUACAGAGACAUUCUGGAACCUCAGAAUGAAAUGCGGCAACCUCAGAGUGAUGAAUCUUUGAAAGAGUCUGGCAAUGAAAGUGGUGAUGUAACAUCAACUGAUUUAGAAUUCACAACAGAAGCCAGCAGUCCAUUACCUCCAACAACAGUGGAAGACCUUGCAAAUGUGGCAUCUGUUGGAAAGAGAAAUUAUGGAGGUGGGGAAGAAUCAGCUUCAGCUGUUGGAAGUAACAUGGCCGAGGCUAUUCCUGCAGGGUCUCAGUGUGUUAGUGCGGGUCCUGAUGCCAUCAGUGAAGUACUGUGCACACUCUCUUUAGAAGUGAAUAAAUCUCAGGAUGCCAGAAAAAAUGAUGGACCCAGAGAGUUAGAUACCAAGACUGCACCCUCUGUCCCAGCUACAAAAAAUGUUAAUGUGAAAGACAUUCUCAGAAGCUUGGUUAACAUGCCAGCAGAUGGAGUAACUGUGGAUCCUGCCUUUCUUCCACCAGCCUGCCUUGGCACUCUUAGUGAUCUUUCUGUUGAGCAACCUGUGCAGUUCCGAUCCUUUGACAGGAGUGUCAUUGUUGCAACCAAGAAACCUACCCUUUCACCUUCUCCUGCUACUCCAAAUAUGCCUACCAAUGCUGUUAGUGUGGUUUCUUCAGUUGACUCUAAUCAGGCCUCAGACUUAGUGGGAGCAUCUCCUGGUAGUGGAUCAUCUAAUGCAAAAUUACCUGCUGUCCCAGUAGUUUCUUCAGUUCCAGAAGACUCUGCUUCAAACAUGAGUAUUACAGAGAGACUUGAACAUGCUCUGGAAAAAGCUGCUCCUCUUCUUCGAGAAAUAUUUGUGGAUUUUGCUCCUUUUCUUUCUCGUACACUUUUGGGUAGCCAUGGACAAGAGUUGCUUAUAGAAGGAACAAGUCUAGUCUGCAUGAAGUCUAGUAGCUCUGUUGUUGAACUGGUCAUGCUCCUCUGUUCUCAGGAAUGGCAAAACUCGAUCCAGAAGAAUGCAGGCCUUGCUUUUAUUGAACUUGUCAAUGAAGGAAGGUUAUUGAGCCAAACCAUGAAAGAUCACCUAGUAAGAGUCGCAAAUGAAGCUGAAUUCAUUCUGAGCAGACAGAGAGCAGAGAAUAUUCACAGACAUGCAGAAUUUGAGUCAUUGUGUGCUCAGUAUUCUGCCGAUAAACGAGAGGAGGAAAAGAUGUGUGAUCACUUAAUAAGAGCAGCAAAGUACCGGGACCAUGUGACAGCGACUCAGCUAAUCCAGAAAAUUAUCAAUAUACUGACGGACAAACAUGGAGCCUGGGGAAAUUCUGCACCAAGUCGUCCUCGUGAGUUCUGGCGCCUUGACUACUGGGAAGAUGACUUGCGGCGCCGGCGACGAUUUGUGCGUAACCCUCUUGGAUCGACACAUCCUGAAGCGACACUAAAAACAGCCGUGGAACAUGCUUCAGAUGAAGAUAUCCUUACUAAAGGAAAACAGUCCAUCAAGAGUCAAGCUUUAGGAAAUCAGAACUCAGAAAGUGAGAUUCUCCUGGACGGCGAUGAUGAUACCCUGUCAUCUGUGGAGGAGAAAGACUUAGAGAAUCUUACUGGUCCUGUCAGCUUGAGCACACCAGCUCAACUUGUGGCCCCUUCUGUGGUGGUGAAGGGCACUCUUUCCAUCACUUCCUCUGAACUCUAUUUUGAAGUGGAUGAAGAAGAGUCAAACUUCAAGAAAAUUGACCCCAAGAUCCUGGCAUAUACAGAAGGACUGCAUGGAAAAUGGCUGUUCACAGAAAUUCGAUCAAUAUUUUCCCGGCGCUAUCUUCUACAGAAUACGGCACUGGAGAUCUUCAUGGCAAAUAGAGUUGCUGUCAUGUUCAACUUUCCAGACCCUGCUACAGUAAAGAAAGUGGUCAAUUGUCUACCUCGUGUUGGCAUUGGAACUAGUUUUGGGUUGCCUCAAACCAGACGCAUUUCAUUAGCAAACCCACGUCAGCUUUUUAAGGCUUCCAGUAUGACUCAACGAUGGCAGCACCGGGAGAUUUCUAAUUUUGAGUAUUUAAUGUUUCUUAACACUGUUGCAGGACGUACCUAUAAUGACUUGAAUCAGUAUCCUGUAUUCCCUUGGGUGUUAACUAACUAUGAAUCAGAAGAGCUUGACCUAACACUGCCAAGCAACUUCAGGGAUUUGUCCAAGCCCAUAGGAGCUCUGAAUCCCAAAAGAGCAGCAUUCUUUGCAGAGCGUUAUGAAUCAUGGGAAGAUGAUCAAGUUCCAAAGUUCCACUAUGGCACUCAUUACUCAACUGCAAGCUUUGUGCUUGCAUGGUUGCUAAGAAUGGAGCCUUUUACAACUUAUUUCCUAAAUUUGCAAGGUGGAAAAUUUGAUCAUGCAGAUAGAACCUUUUCAUCUAUUUCAAGAGCAUGGCGUAAUAGUCAACGUGACACAUCUGAUAUCAAGGAGUUGAUCCCUGAAUUUUAUUAUCUUCCUGAGAUGUUUGUCAACUUCAAUAAUUAUAAUCUUGGAGUGAUGGAUGAUGGGACAGUGGUAUCUGAUGUUGAACUUCCACCAUGGGCUAAAAGCUCAGAAGAAUUUGUUCGCAUAAACAGAUUGGUAACACCUCAUAACAUGCAAAAUUGCUUGUGCCUUUUUCAGGCUGUUGAAGCUCAAAUCCGAAGUUUUGGACAAACUCCUUCCCAGCUCCUCAUAGAGCCACAUCCUCCCAGAAGUUCUGCCAUGCAGGUGUAUCUCCUCCUGCAGAGUCCAUUGAUGUUCACAGACCAAGCUCAGCAGGAUGUUAUCAUGGUCCUAAAGUUUCCAUCCAACUCCCCUGUCACUCAUGUAGCAGCCAACACCCAGCCUGGUUUGGCAACACCUGCUGUGAUCACAGUCACUGCUAACAGGCUAUUUGCUGUGAACAAGUGGCACAACCUUCCUGCUCAUCAAGGUGCUGUACAGGACCAGCCAUACCAGCUGCCAGUGGAAAUCGAUCCUCUCAUAGCUAGCAAUACUGGAAUGCACAGGAGGCAAAUCACUGACCUUUUAGACCAAAGUAUUCAAGUCCACUCCCAGUGCUUUGUCAUCACUUCUGAUAACCGCUUUAUUCUUGUCUGUGGCUUCUGGGAUAAGAGUUUCCGAGUCUAUUCUACAGACACAGGAAAAUUGAUACAAGUGGUAUUUGGACACUGGGAUGUUGUCACUUGCCUUGCCCGAUCCGAGUCAUACAUUGGGGGAAAUUGUUACAUUCUCUCUGGGUCUCGAGAUGCAACACUCCUUCUCUGGUAUUGGAAUGGGAAAAGCAAUGGAAUUGGAGAUAACCCAGGCAGUGAGAUGACCACUCCCCGAGUUAUUUUGACUGGUCACGACUAUGAGAUCACUUGUGCUACAGUUUGUGCUGAACUUGGCCUAGUAAUAAGUGGUUCUAAAGAAGGACCGUGCCUCAUACAUUCUAUGAAUGGAGACCUAUUAAGAACCCUGGAGGGUCCUGAAAACUGCUUGAGACCAAAACUGAUACAGGCUUCAAGAGAGGGUCACUGUGUCAUAUACUACGAAAAUGGCACCUUCUGUGUAUUCAGUGUGAACGGAAAACUUCAGGCCACCAUGGAGACAGAUGACAAUAUUAGGGCGAUCCAGCUAAGCCGGGAUGGCCAGUAUUUGCUCACAGGAGGAGAUAAUGGAGUUGUCAUGGUGUGGCAGGUGUGCGACCUCAGACAGCUCUUUGCUUACCCCGGCUGUGAUGCUGGAAUUCGGUCCAUGGCAUUGUCUUACGAUCAGAGGUGUGUCAUGACUGGCAUGGCGUCUGGAAGCAUAGUGGUUUUCCACAAUGACUUUAACCGAUGGCAUCAUGAAUACCAAACCCGAUACUGAGACUGGAAAUGGGCUAGAACGAGCUCUGGUGACAAGACUUCCGACGUAGAAAGCAGUGACCUGCCAUAGCACUGUUCUCUUCUAAAUAGCUAUUACACCUGAAUGUAACUUAAAUUUGCUCAAAAAGCAAAAUAUUUUUUAAAAUUAAUUGCUAUUUUUGUAGACCUUGCUUGACUUUUGUGGGGGAAGGGCAGAGAAGCAGAAAAUGUGCUGCUGGGUUCUCUAGUUACAAAAUCUAUAUUUUUAGUCAUAAUUAGAAGUCUAUUUUCACCUAUUAUAGAAUCUACAAUAAAGUGAGUUAGGUGACUAUUAUAGCUACAUUAUGAAGACAUGAAUUUCCCCAUUUAAAGCUCUAUCUGUAAUCUUGAAAACUAUGAUUUUAACAAUAGGGAAGUGAGUUAUAAUGCUGGGGUGUGGGGAUUUUAAUCUGUGCUACCUGUACUAGACUUUGUGUCUCGUUACUUCCAAAUGAUUGUAUUUCUUGAGCACUGAAGUUUCUGGAAUUUAAAUAGUAAUGUUUAAAUUAUGAUCAUUGUAAUUUAAAAUUUGAUGAUGAACUAUUUCCACUGCUAUUCAAGCAUGUUUCUAGGUCUAGAUGAUUAGGUUUCUGGGGGUGACUUUUGAAAGCUUUUGCCUUGUUGAAUGGUCAAGAGCAAGAAAUCAUCACUGACUAGGGUCAGUAUUGGCCCCAGAGCAGGUGUGGCAUAUGUCUAAUUUUUACCUGAAAUCUUUUAGAGCACACCAACCUGAGAAGAUGGAAAUGUCCUUAGACUCGCAAUCUCUUCUACUUUGGAAUUUAAUGCAGGUACCAAAGCACACUUCUCCUGUUUUGACUGUGAAAGCACUGAGGCCGACCAUGGGUCAGAGCCUUCCCUUCCCUUUCCUCCUUCCCCUGUGCAGAAGCUCCAGGUUUGCAAGCAGCUUUUCUAUCCCCUUGUCCGUCCCUCCCCAACUUUUAGAACAGGAGCCCCUCCAUGAUUCUAGAGCACAGUCAUCUGCCCAUGUGCUGCACUUGGCAACACACUUUUUACUUCCUCUUUGCAUCCAGUUCAACUAUGUCAUUAAAUUUUCUCUACAUCCCCUUAGGAAAUGAACCGCGAUUUAUACUAAGGAAUAAUAAGUUAUUUUGGUGUUGCAUAAUUGAUUCUACUUUUCUACCAGAUUGCUGUGCAGAAUUCUGUGAACAUAUUUGUGAAAAGGACUGUAUUGUUUUGUAAGUCUGUAUUGCAUAAAUAACUUCUUUGUAUGUGGUGAUCUUGGAGUGGAAACUGACAUUCCAUAUCUAUUUCUCUUGCUGCCUACUCAGUAGGUCUCAUUUUUCUAAAAAUUCAACUAUUCUCUAAAGCAAAGAUUUGGAAUGAGAAAACACUGAGUGAAGAAUUGAAUAAAAUAGAAUUUGAAAUUGAAA